GAAAUAAAAGAAAGAAUUAGGGUUUAUUCUGCAUUUCAAAAAUUAGGGUUUAUCUAUCUUGUACCCUACUACCUCUGAACCAAAUUCCUUCACUUCGACCAGGUAUCUAAAUGGCGCGUAAUAAUGCAACAUUGAAUAAUCCUGAAAUCGAAGAUGACGAUCCCAUGGUUUCUGAGUCGGAAUCAGAAUCGGAAGAAGAUGGGGAUGUGAAGUUAUCCCAGCCCUCGAAAACCGCAGUACUCAACAAAGCCGGUUUGCUAGACAAACUCGCGGAUAUAAGCUGGCCCGAAAACAUAGACUGGAUACACAAGCUCUCGUUCAAUAUCGUGCAAGAGCAACCCGUGGAUGUGAACGACGACCUCACUCGUGAGCUCGCUUUCUACAACCAAGCACUCGAGGGCGCAAAGCAAGCCUUCACCAAAUUCCAAGAAAAGGGCCUACCUUUUCUCCGACCCGCUGAUUACUACGCAGAGAUGGUGAAAUCCGACACCCACAUGGAGAAAAUUAAGGGCCGUUUAUUGGCGGAGAAGAAGAGAACCGAGGAAGCCGACGAGAGGAGAAAGUCGAGGGAGAACAAGAAGCUGGCGAAGGAAGUGCAGGUGCAGAAGCAGAGGGAGAGGGCUAAGCAGAAGAAGGACGAUAUCGAGUCUGUAAAGACGUGGAGGAAACAGAGGAAGCAGAGCGGUUUUGCGGACGACGGCGAUUUGAGUAUGGCAUUUGACGAUGGGAAGUCGUUUGAGAGGUCGAGUAAGAAGAGGCCUGGGGUGGCGCCGGGAGAUCGGUCUGGCGGCAAGGCUAGGCAGGGUGGUGGCGGAUUCAAGAAAGGGUUUGAUAAGAAGAGGGACCGUAAAGAUUCGAAAUUUGGAUUUGGUGGGAGGAAAGGGAUGAAGAAGCAGAACACUGCUGAGACGACGAACGAUUUUAGAGGGUUUAGUAAGAGCAGCAAGUUUCCAAGCAAUAAGAAACAAAAAGUAUGAGAUGAAUGUCUACUUUCUUGCGGCUAAUUUGAGAUUUUUGAUCUAUAAGCUUAUGGAAGUGUUUUAUUAAGUUUGAGUUCAAAUUAUGUUGAAAUGGGAUAAUCGUGUUUUUUUUUUUUUUAAUGCCGUGUUGUUUUACUUGAAUUUGUUGCGGGUAUAACUUUGUAACAUGAAUUAAAUCUUUGGGUUCGUUUGUCUUUGUACUCUCUGCAGUAGUAGUUUAUAUAGAAAGUAUAGUUUAGUGUCUUUCUUAGUAGACUUGCCGUGGUUUGAGUGACUCGAGUGACGAAUGCUCGUUUGAGCCUCUUAUUUUGAUCGUAAGAAUGUUCGUAUUAUUUUAAAGUGAGAUAGAUAUGUUUUUUGUUGCAGAACUGGGCUACUUGAACUUUGCAACCUGUUUUUGA